GUGAAGUUAUUCGUCCUAAGCAGGAGGAGCCAGACCGCACUCGCAUUAAAGAGGAAGAUGUGGGCAAAGAGGUCCACCACUUCAAUGAACAAAUGGAGCAGAAGUUUCUAUGCACUAUAAAAGAGGACGAGCCGGAGCGGCCAUGUAAUGAAGAGGAGGGAGAGGACUCCUGCGACAUUAGAAAGGAGGAGGAAGAUACCUGCAAGAUGCCAUUGACUGGGGUUCCUGUGAAGCGUUUAGAUGAGGGUCAACAUAAGGUGAGCACAGGGGCGGAGCCUCCCAGCUGCAGCUCAAGUCAACAAAUGACCAGAGGUGAUGGAGACCACUGUGGAGGAUCACAAGCAGCUCCACCGUCAGAUAGUGAUGAGGUGUUGUCACAUGUUCCUGCUGCUGCUGCUGCUGCUGAUGAUGAUGAUGAUGAUGAUGAUGAUGAGUCUCAAAACAAACACAGGCAAUGUUCUCACUGUGGAAUUUGUUUUGCUCAUAGCAGUAGCUUGAAACAACACAUGAGAAUGUACACAAGAAAGAAAAACUUUUUCUGCUCAGAUUGUGGCCUAAAAUACUCUCGGAGGGAACAUUUAACAAUGCACACAAAAAUCCACACUGGUGAGAAACCUUUUUCAUGCUCAGUUUGUGGCCAAGAAUUCUCUCAGCGUGGACAUUUAAAAGAGCACACAAGAAUCCACACUGGCGAGAAACCUUUUUCAUGCUCAGUUUGUGGCCAAAAAUUCUCUCAAAGGGUAAGCUUAAUCAGGCACACAAGAAUCCACACUGGGUAA